CAUAUUUUUGUAGCAAUGCACUACUUGAAUGUGAAGCAAGUGCAGUACAAGGUGAACUACCCCUACAGCACAAGUGGCCCAUUUUUUAUGCAAAUGUUGAAACGGCUGAAUGACAAUAUAGAAAAAGGGCAGGCAACGAUUCAAGACGCAGCAAACAUUGCGGUCAUCGAAGAUGACAUUAUGGGUAGUGCUUCACCAUUUUCUAGGGGCUGGGCAGAUUGUGAUUUCGUGUACCUACCUCUUAACAAUAACAACCACUGGGUUUUACUGGUUUUGGACGUUAAAAACAAGAAAAUACGGGUUUACAAUUCCAAAAGAAGAAGGGCGGAUAGUGUCAGAGACAUUAGACCCUAUGUUUCGAGCUUACAACGCUUGCUCCCAAAAAUAAUGGAUGUGCAUGGGGUUUAUGAAGAAAUUGGGUUGGAGCGUAUGGAAAACAAAGUGUUGGAGUUGGAGGCUGUGGAGGACUGCCCACAACAAGAAGACGGGGGCAACUGUGGCAUGUACGUAUUGAUGAU